UUUCUCGCUCUUGAAAUGAAAACACCAACAUAUCUUUUUAAUUUCAUAUGCUGUACAUGACAAUAGAAUGCUUUCACAUGCAGACUUUGUUCAAUACAUGGACAGAAUAUUAAGUUACAUACAAUGCAGAUGAUUUACAUGAUGCUUUGAAUUAUUGUUUCAAGUGUGAAUUGUGUAUCUGGGGACUAAUAUAGAGACACAUUUUCAUUUGUGAUAUUCCUGAUAUUAAGAAGUAGCCUCUAUGAAGGCGAAGAAGAUGGAGGUAGAUUACUAUGAAAUCCUCUCUGUUCAGAGAAAUGUCACAGAGGCAGACAUCAAAAAAGCGUAUCGGAAGAUGGCGCUGAAGUGGCACCCAGACAAGAACCCUGACAACAAAGAAGAGGCUGAGAAACGAUUUAAGGAGAUCUCAGAGGCUUAUGAAGUCUUGUCUGACAAGAAUAAGAGGGAGAUAUACGAUAAAUACGGCAAGGAUGGAUUGACGGGCGGACAUGGCAGUCACUCUAACUACUACGACGGAGGAGGGUUCGACGAUUUCCACAGUUAUCAUUUCAGAGAUCCUGAGGAAGUGUUCCGAGAAUUUUUCGGGGGCAGGGACCCUUUCGCUGAGUUCUUCUCAGGGCCAGCUGCUGGCGGGAUGGGAGGAUUUUCCAACGGAUUGUUUGCCAACUCUUUUACAGGCUUUCCCGGACCUUCAGCAUCGUUCUUCGCGUCACCCUUCGGUGGUGACCCCUUCGCUGGAGGGGCAGGAAGGCGACGACACCCACAUGUCCACCGAAGGCGGGACCGAGGUGCAGAGACGACAUCGGCAGGCGGGCGGCGACCGAAUCGGGCCGGGGUUGGGCAAAUGGGCUCGCAUCCGAUGGGAUCCAUAGGAUUUAAUUCAUUUGGGUUUCCGGGCAUGUCUUUUGGGUUCUCAAUGUUUGACGACCCAUUUUUGCAUCGUUCUCCAGGAUUUCAUUCUGGGUUUUCAUCAUUUUCCAGCACAUCGUUUGGGGGCGGGGGAGGGGGAGGGGGUGGGGGGAAUUUCCGAUCCACUUCCACCUCCUCAAAAAUGGUCAAUGGGAAGAAGGUGGUCACCAAAAAGGUGGUAGAAAACGGUGUAGAAACAGUAACGGUAGAAGAGGACGGAGUUGUCAAGUCUCACACGAGGAAUGGGGAAAACACCAUGAUCACAAACUGACCUUCACCUCCAACCCCAGGGGUCGUCUCCAUGGAAUAGGAGGAAUGAUAGAGACAUUUUUUUCACACUAGUGCGUUUCCAUGGAUAUUGGCAUGAUAGGACACACACAAUGUUCAGUGCACAAAUUAGAUGUCAAUGACUAUGAGUUUGAUAAUAUGUUAUUUUAAACGGCUUAAAUCAGUGAUUGUUUUUCUGAUUUGAAAUAUACCUGUUAAAUAUGCCAAGUUUGUGUAGGCCUCAAAACAACAGCUGAAAAAUUACGCAUAAUUAGUCUCCAUGGUGAUAAUGAGGUGAAGACGUUGUAGUUGUUGUAUAUAUGAGAAAAUUGACUUGAAAAUGUAAAAUAAUGGUUAUCAUUAAUCAGUGUUUUUGAAACAAACUGCUUUGGUGGAAAUGAAUAAAAGAAAUGGAGAAUUUAAAAUUUGCGCAUUGCACAUUUGAAACAUUUGCUGAAUGUGGACAGUGACAAUUGUGCUGCGUGUAAGUUUUCAUUAUCAUAUUUAAAGGGAUUUGUUCACAUUUAAUAGGGUCAGACAUCGUUUUAUUAUUUCGUAUGAAAUGUGAAGAAAAUGCUUGAAGCAAUAGUAAAACAUCAACAAAAGUUAAAAUUGCUGUAUUUUUAAUAAUUAUUGGGAACUGAGACAGAUUUUGCCAAAAAAUGUUAGUAACGCUAUUGAAAAUUCAAUCAUUUUAGUGUUGGAUUUACUAAAUUCUGUUCAAAUGAGGAUUUGCCAGUUGCUGUUUGGUUUUUGAUCAUGGAAGUAAGUAAAAUAACUCAAUUUCAACAAUCUAUAAAAAUAAUAAUGCUGACAUUUAAGUUGUGAACGAUUCCCUUUUGAUUGACCUCACAUCAGACCAAUGGAAUUUUGCAUCAGAUUGAAAAUAUUUGUCAGUUGAAUUUUACAAGUGAAGUAUUGUGUAUUUUUUUUAAUAAAGAGUACGACCGAUGGUAGUUACAUGAAUAGUUAUUCUCUUCAAGUAAAGCAUGUUUAUUGAAAGGAAUUUGAUUGAAUUCCCAAAAAUAACUUUGUCCAUCCAUCUAUGCACAAAUGUAGCCAUGAGUACCAUGAAUGUAAUGUUUUAACAUCUUGCAAAGAAUAGGCAGAUUGUUCAGAACUUCGUUUAAGUUAUAACAUGAUUUAAGACAUCGCUAUUAAAUUUCAAACAUAAAAUAUUUGAUCAUGUGCUCAAAUAUUUAAAUAAAACAAGUACAGCUGAAACAGUUGUCUACAAUCUCGUUAGAAAUACUGCAGAUCACUGAUGAUUAAACUUCCAGGGAAAUAAAGUUUUGAUAGUUAACAAUGUUAACAUUGUUAACUUAAACUAAUUUCUGAACAAUGGCCUGGUAUAUAUAAUGUGUUUUGUUUAUUAAGGCAAAGUAAAAAAACAACUUAUAAUUGAAAUUUAAUUGAUUCAUGUAUAAAAUCUGAUGGGAGAUACAGGUUGUCUGAUGUGGUUUUAUACACAAGCUAGUGUGUAGUACGAGGCAAAUUGUACAGUCAUGCUUGUGACACUGUGAUAAUUUCACUGUAAUCAUGCUCAUUUGAAAACCAGGGAUGAACGCUAGACUGUAUUAUCUCUGUUUACAUCAAUUUUAGUUUUUUAAUACAGUUUGGCUUUACCCCGUGGAUAUUUGUGUUGCCAUGUUUUGAAAUAUGCAAAAAUGUUUGCUACUAUAAAUACAAUAUCGUUCAAGCUCGUAAUUGUGCAAAUGAAGAUUAUUUUGUAUAUGAGUCCAUCUAUGUAGUGAGGGUGAAAAAGAAAUAACAUUUUUUAAUUGAAAUUUACCAAAGAUAAGAAUGAACCAUAAAUAUGUGAGUAAUCUGACUGUUGAUUUAAGGUUCAAAACAUAGGCUGUACAUGAUCAUUUCACAUUUGCUUCGUAAAGAUUUCAAUCAUCUGUUUGUUUUGCAAAAUCAUAUUUUCUUGAAAAUCUAAAUAUCUAUUGCGAAGUAUAAAUGUUGAUUUCUAAAAAGAAGAGUCUCUUUUAUAUCAUACAUUUAGUAGACAACAAAGUUAUACUUGCGCACCAGCUCAGAGAAAACUGUCACCAGCAUGUGUGCCAAUUCUGAAUACCUCUGUUGAACUUUUGACGCGGUGAAAACCGUAUUUAUCUUACACCAUCUGUAUCGUUAAUUGUUUGUUUUCUUUGUAUGUUCUGUUGUCUUGUUGUUGUCUGUGCCAUGAGUUUCAAGUAUUUAAUUUCUCGUUAGCUUUUUAGCUCGAAAAAAAAAGGCGAGGUAUUAUCAUAGCCUUUGUGUUGUUGUUGAGCGAAAAACUUGCUUAUAACUCAAAGACCAUUCAAGAUUUUAAAUGGAACUUGGUACCAUUUGCCAAAGAAAAUGUGCAAUGUACAGCAAAGCCCUGACUAUAAUAAUUAACGAGUGACCCCUUCUAAACAAAAAAGCAUACUAUCAUUGGCAGUCGAUCUGCAGCACUUCAUUUAUCUUUCUUGGUCUAGAACUAGGGUCUUUAUUGGAUGAUGUAGAUUGCUUUAAAUAUGCGAGCUCCAUUUUUCAUGUUGUUUUUUUGUAUUAUGACCUAUUUCAUGAUGUAAAUGUAUUCGUAUAAAAAUAUUAGCAAAACAAUGGGCCGAUUGAACUUUGUUAAUGUUAACAACGUUAUUAAUUGUCAUUGUUUCAUGCACUCACUCAUGUGGUCUGCAGUAAUACUUAUAUAUGAGCAUGUUUGAUUAAAAUAUAUCAGCAUAACAUAAAAAAAUUAAGUUAACAACAAUGCUAUUUUAACGUUGGUAACUUUUACAAAGUUCUGAACCAUCAACCCUAUGAUGAUACCAAUUAUCAAUGUACACACACUAAGUUUCUUAACAAACAGCCCUAUGAUGACAUGAACUGUCACCGUACAGACACACAAAGUUCUGAACAAUCGGCCCUAUGAUGACAUGAACUGUCUCCGUACAGACACACAAAAUUCUGAACAAUCGGCCCUAUGAUGACAUGAACUGUCUCCAUACAGACACACAAAGUUCUGAACAAUCGGCCCUAUGAUGACAUGAACUGUCACCGUACAGACACACAAAGUUCUGAAUAAUCGGCCCUAUGAUGACAUGAACUGUCUCCAUACAGACACACAAAGUUCUGAACAAUCGGCCCUAUGAUGACAUGAACUGUCUCCGUACAGACACACAAAGUUCUGAACAAUCGGCCCUAUGAUGACAUGAACUGUCACCGUACAGACACACAAAGUUCUGAACAAUUGGCCCUAUGAUGACAUGAACUGUCUCCAUACAGACACACAAAGUUCUGAACAAUCGGCCCUAUGAUGACAUGAACUGUCUCCGUACAGACACACAAAGUUCUAAACAAACCUGCCGUAUGAUGAUAUAAUUCUUAUAUUGUCACUGUACACACACAAGGUUUUACCUAUGCAGCUACCGGGGUAUAUUAGCGUUUAUUUAAGCCCUAUGCCAUUUUCAAUGUUAUGGAAAAUGAAAUUGUUGUCAAAUGAAAUCGGCAUAGUUUUAGUUUGCUCACUGCGUUAUACUACUGCUCAGUUUGAAUUUAAAUGCCAUCUCAAAAAAAUUCCGAACAAACAAAUCUGUUGAGUUGAAAUAAUAAUUGAAAGUAAGGUUAUAAGUCGGGUCAAUUGAUUCCUUUAUAACCCAAUUUAGAACUGAUCUUAUGCCAGUAUUGUUUAUACAAAUAAAGUACCCUGUCUAUAAUUUCUCUUUUACCAACUUUUUUCCCGAAGUAUAAAACUUACAACAUUCAACCAAACUUACACUAUAAUCUGUCAUCAAAAUGUUGUUAAUAUUGAUAUAGAAUUAUAAAUCACCGAAAUAGUUUACACAAACAUGUUAAACUCAUGCUUUGCUUACAUUAUGUAUCAAGAAAAUGUUUGUUAAGUAUCUUUACAUAUAAAAUACUAUUAACCAAAACAAAGGAGUGAUUUUCUUAGAUAACUGUAUUAUACUACACGCCUUAAAGUUUGUCAAAGCUACACUAGUUUAUUUUUGUAUGCUACAUGUAUAUGUUGGCGUAUGUAUAUUUUUGCGAUGUUUUCAGUAUCGAGGACUCAGUGCAAAACAGUCCUAACUCCUUUGUUUGUAUGAAGUUAGGACUAUUUUGCGAUGUUUUCUGUAUAACUACCGACCUGUUGUUUGAAAUAACACAACUGUUGUUAUCAGUCACAUGUUGUUUUUUCUUGGGUCAUAAAAAUAAAUAUUUUCAAUGUC